UAAGCGUUUCGAAUGGCGGCACGUGAACUCAUGGGCCGGGCCGUGCAAACAGAGAGGUGGCAGGCGUGCAACUUUUUGGGAUUCCUCCGGCUUCCUUCUUUCUCCCUGUAGAUUUGUUUUCGGUUGUUCUCUUUGUCAACCCGGCUGCAGGGUUGACGUGGUCUAGAGGAGGCGGGACCGAUUUGUUGAAAAUCGACAGUCAUCUCUCUCCCCUCUCCAAAGCGAUGAAAUCCUUCGGAGGAAGGCACGGCCAUCGCCAUCCCCAAGAGGAAAACCCAUGCUGAGAGGAAGCCCAGCAUGCCUUCUCCAUCGGGCAAGCCUUGAGAAUAUCUUGGCUGCGCCUGCACAUUGAGAGACGUUCUUGGGGACUAUCGCAUCUCGAAUUGUUACCCGAGGAAUAAGCUUACGUACCGAUGGAGAAGCCCAAGCUUGGGAAGCCGGUGAUUUGCUCCACCAUCGUGUUCCUGGGAACGCUCGCCUUCUCCUGCUCCGUCGCAGCCGAAUUCAAGAAAGUAAAGGCAAAGGAUAUGAAGCUGGAUGGAAGCCUCUGUUCGUUGCCGAGGAGCUCCGCUUUUGGGUUGGGGAUCGCCGCGGUCGUCUGCCUUUCAAUAGCCCAGAUUGUUGGGACCUCCGCGGUAUGUAUUCACUCAGGAGACAACAAGAGUAGGAGAAGCCGAAUCGUCUCCAUCACCCUAUUGGUUUUAUCUUGGUAUGCAACGUUUUCGAUCUUCUUGCUCGUCUCCACCACCUUAUUGGUUUUAUCUUGGAUCAGCUUUGGAUUGGCAACGAUUCUAUUAGCCGCCGGGUCGAGCAUGAACGCCGGACAGCCCUAUGGGAAAGGAUGGAUAAAUGGGAAUUGCUACAUGGUCAGGAAUGGAGUAUUCCUCGGUGCGGCCGUACUCAUCGUUCCGACCGUAGUUUUCACUGUGCAAUGGGAGCGACGAUCCACCAUCGCAUGCACCCAUCUAGACGAGGAAGCUGGGAGGGAUCAUCAGCAACGGGAAGUAAUUAAGCCUAGAUGACGGAAACGACUGACCUUUGUUUGAGGUGUGCUUGGUUGGAAUUCAUUCCUGCACAACAUGGCUGGCCAUGGAGGAUCGAAGGACCCCAGCCAUCUUUUUUUUUUUUUUGCGUAAGGAGUAAGGACCACAACUUUCAGCAUCAACAAAAAAAGGAGACGCAUCCAACCGAGGAUGUCUGGGCCCGCCGUCCAGAAUAGGAUACUCUUGCAGCUGGGUGGUGGUGGUCUAUAAAGGAUGGCUGCAAUUGGUCUCCUCCCUUUACCGCCACCAAAAUCUCAUGUUGUUCCUGGACACACAGAAAUACAGAGACUAUUACAUUUUCCCUUUUUUUUUUUUCAAUCUAUCUUUUGCUAUUCAUUAAACCCCAGCAAAGGCAUUUAAUUUUUUUUGUCAUGCCUUUUGAAGUAUUCUCGUACAGUCGACAAAUAUGGGCGGCUUCGUUUACAUUUUCUCCUA